AUGUUUCACAACAAGCAGCGAGGCAAGCCGGGGGCUAUCGCAUCCCCAUCUAAAAGGCUUCGCAACAGGGUGCACAACCUUUUCCUGUCUUCCAGCUUGAGUGCGAUCGAGGCUGCAGGUCUCGAGACUGAUGCUGCAGAAUGCGGCCUCACCGGCUUCAAGAAGGCUCCAGAAAAAUCGAGCAAGAAUGCUUCUCGAGACAUGUUACGACGAUGUCUCAAGAAAAGCCAGUGGCCACCCAUAUACACUGCAGAAAUUCGCAUAUGGGACGAGAAGCACGAGAUCACCCGAUACGCAGAUGUUGCCUUUAUGCUGCCGCAUGAAGUCUUGUAUGUUUUGUUUCAAAAAAACCCCGGUUACCCUUUCACUGACUUGGCAUGCUGUGCACAGUCUGUGCAAAACCACUGCCUGGAGACAUCCCGCAAACUCGGGGUUCAUGUCAUUCCUUUCUCGCUUUGGACAGAUGCCACGCCUUUCAACUGGGAUAGAUCUACGUCCCUCGAAGUCAUCCUGAUGAGUCUGCCUCAGCUUCCUGCCCCGCAUCACACUUGGAGGUUUCCGGUGACUGGUCUGCCGAAGAACAAUAUAUCCAAGGGCGAGAGCUUCGAAGACAUAUGGGAUCUCAUGGCUUGGUCCAGCCAGCAGCUUCUGUUGGGAAUCAUGCCUAGGCAACGGCACGACGGCCAACCUUUCAAAGAACCGUGGCGAAACAAGCACGCCGGCAGAACGAUCGCACAUAGAUGCAUCCUUGCAGAACUCCGAGCCGAUUGGAAGUGCUUGGCUGAAGUUUUUGGCCUGCCGCAUUGGGGAGCCAAGACUGGCAUCUGCAUGAGAUGCAGUGCCUGUUUGAGCACUUACAAAGAUUGUUCUGAAAAUGCACCCUGGAUGCUGGAAAGAUAUGGGCAUUGGGAUUUCUUGCUAAGGCAGAAGAACGAGGCAAGGCUCAUCUCCUCCAUUUUCCGCAAUCCUUUCUUUACAACGACUUGCUUCAAGAUGGACUGGUUGCACGUCAUGGACUUGGGAUGUGCCCAAGAUUGCAUAGGGAACUUAUACUGGCAUGUGCUUCCUAAACUAGGAAACAACCAGAAAGUGCAGGUGGCCCAGCUUUAUCUGCAGAUGAAGAAAUUUUACAAGGACAAUGGCAUUCAGGAUUGCAUUGGCAAGCUCACCCUGGGGAUGAUUAAGAAACCCGACAAAAAGAAGCCGAAAAUGAACCUGAGAGCGGCGGAGACGAGAGCCAUGAUUCCGUUUGCAUGGAGAAUCGCAGACGAGAAGCUGGAUCGGGAUGAUGUGUUCGAGUCGGCCAUACGCUGGGCGAUCAAGUAUCUCGUGGAAUGCUACGAUUGCUUGUCAGCUUUGAAGUGGGAACCAUCUUACUUCCGAAAAUGUUGUUUUGCUUUCCUACGUCAGUACUCUUCCUUGGAAGCAAUGGCCGAGGAAGGCAAAUGGGUCAUGAAACCCAAGUUUCACAUGCUUGCAGAAAUCGCCUUGGCAGGCGACAAACCGUCUGACAACUGGGUGUAUAGGGAUGAGGAGGCAGGUGGAACCAUGGCACGGGUUGCACAUGCCAAAGGCGGCCCUGUCAACCAGUGGUCAAUUGCUACUCGGGUGCUGAACAAAUUCAGUGCUGAGUUCUCAGUGCCACACUUCGACUGA